AUGCUCACGUUCUACAGGCGACUCUACCCCUUCAAGUCCAUCUUCCACUGGCUCAACCACGAACACACGCCCACGAAGCUCUUUAUGAACCGCGAGUUCGCGUUUACACUUCAGGGUGACGUGUACCUGCGGUACCAGUCGUUCACAACCGCGGACGAGCUGAAGAAACAGGUGUGCGCGAUGAACCCGACGCGUUUUGAGAUUGGGCCGAUGUAUACCGCACGACCAAGAGACAAGAAGCUCGCGCGUCCGGGCGCGUUCCAACCCGUCAUGCGCGAACUCGUCUUCGAUAUUGAUAUGACAGACUACGACUCGAUCCGCACCUGCUGCUCGGACGCGUCGAUAUGCUCUCGGUGUUGGGCCUUCAUUGCUGUAGCAGUCAAGGUCCUCGACCAGUCUAUCCGCAACAACUUUGGCUACAAGUACCUCCUGUGGGUCUACUCCGGUCGACGAGGUAUCCACCUGUGGAUUAGCGACAGGGAAGCGAUGGAGCUCACAGACGAACAGCGAAAAGCACUCGUUGGCUGGAUGACAGUUAUUCAGGGAGGCAAGGAUCAGCACAAGAAAGUCAAUUUACGACUAAGCUUGAGGCAGCUGCCACCAUCAAUACUAGACUCGCUAGAAGUCCUAGUUCCAGCCUUUACCGAUAUCAUAUUGGACGACCAGGAUUGCUUCCGGUCUGAAGAGGGGUGGCGCGAGCUGUUACACCUCAUACCGAAGAAUUACGUGGAAUCCCUCGAAGAUAAGUGGGAGAAAGACUACGAUCGUUCGUCGCAUAGCAAAUGGGAAGACGUCAAGAAUGAGAUCAAGACUAAGACUCAGAAAGGGUCUCAACCACGCCUGACUGGUACCACCGCGAUGGAAGACAUCAUCUUGCAGUAUACGUAUCCGCGCAUCGAUGCUGAAGUUUCAAAGCACCGGAAUCACUUGCUGAAGGCGCCUUUCUGCGUACAUCCGAAGACAGGUCGGGUCUGCGUGCCCGUCGACCCGAGCACCAUAGACGACUUCAACCCUGAACGAGUGCCUACGGUAGGGCAGCUCCUGCGAGAGUUGGACCAGGCUAAAGACACCGGCGACGAGCAUCACUCAGAUUGGGAGAAGACGUCGCUGAAGCCUUACGUUGAAAUGCUAGACAAGCAUGCUCUGGAGCUGAUGGAGGAGGUCAGAAGGGUUAAGCGAGAACGCGGCCAAGGUGUGCAUUUAAUUCGGCGUCAUGGGUUGCACGCGCUGACAGGCCGUUUCUCAGACACGUCGUGGUAG